GGAGUUCCGCCGGGCUGCUUCGGCUGAGAGGUCGUUCCAGGGCAUGUCGCCUUCCUAGAGACACUCUCGGGAGCCCCAGCUGAGACGGGCCAAGAUGCGGGGCGCGCUGGUGGUGCGCGCCUGGUUGGCGGCUGCGGCGGCCUACCUGGCCGGGCCGACGGCCGGCUGCCCGGCGCCUUGCGCCUGCGUGGACAAGUACGCCCAGCAGUUCGCCGACUGCGCCUACAAGGAGCUGGAGUGGGUGCCGUCGGGGCUGCCGUCGAACGUGACCACGCUGAGCCUGUCGGCCAACAAGAUCGCCGCCCUGCCCCGGGGCUCCUUCGCGGAGGUGACGCAGGUGACCUCCCUGUGGCUGGCCCACAACCGGAUCGGGGCCAUCGAGGAGGGCACGCUGGCCAUCCUGGCGCAGCUCAAGAACCUCGACGUGAGCCACAACCAGAUCGCCGCCUUCCCCUGGGGGGACCUGCGCAACCUGAGCGCCCUGCAGCUCCUCAAGAUGAACAACAACCGCAUGGCCGGCCUGCCGGGGGACGCCUUCCGCACCUUGGGCGACCUGCGCUCCUUGCGCAUCAACAACAACCAGUUCCGCGCCGUGGCCGAGGGCACCUUCGAGCCGCUCACCUCCCUCUCCCACCUGCAGCUCUACAACAACCCCUUCGACUGCUCGUGCGCGCUCAUGUGGCUGAAGAACUGGACGGAGAACACGCUCAUCUCCAUCCCGGAGAGGGACUCCAUCCGCUGCGCCACUCCCGAGCACCUGCAGGGCGUCCCCUUGGCCCGCGUCCCGGACGUCCGCUGCUCCCCGCCGGCCGUCCGGCUCAGCUACCAGCCCAACCUUGAGCGCGCCCAGCUCCAGUACGGCUUCAGCCUGGCCCUGCACUGCCAAGCCUCCGGCCUCCCCGCGCCCGAGCUCAGCUGGACCGUCCGCGCCUCGGGCGAGACGCUGGAGAUCCGCGCCCAAGGGGAAGGCAACGCCCUGCCCCCGGAGAGCUCCCCCGCCGGAGAGCCCGAGAGGUUCCGCGCCUUCGCCAACGGCACCUUGCUCAUCCCGCGCCUCAGCAAGAAAGAGGAAGGCACCUACACCUGCCUGGCCGUCAACGAGGUGGGCCGGAACCAGAGCUCAGUCGACGUGGCCGUGGCCGACCCCCAGAAAGAUCCAGGCGACCCCCAAGCCCAACCGGGCGGGAGGAAGCCCACCGACGGCAAGGUGUCCAAGAACAGCGUCUUCCGACCCGAGGAGAGGAGCAAAGCCGGCUCGGGGAAGCCCCUUCCCCCUCGGAACCAGCCCUCCUCGACGGGACCGGGGGACGCCAGCGCCGGCGGUGGCUCCCCCUUCCAGCCGCCCCACUUCGAGAAGAAGUGCGGCGCGGGCCAGGCCAGCACCCGUUACGUCUCCAACCACGCCUUCAACCAGAGCGCCGGCAGCGACCUCAAGGCGCACAGCUUCGAGCUGGGCGUCAUCGCCUUGGACGUCUCGGAGCGCGAAGCCAAGGUGCAGAUCACGCCUUUCUACCCGCAGCCGGAGAGAGCGCGCCUGAGGAUGCUCUACCUGUGCGAGGAGCGCCGUCGGGGAGGGGGCGGCGGGGGCCACGCCCCGGUCCAGUGGUCGCAGGUGGAGGAAGGCGUCAACGCCUACUGGUUCCAGGGCUUGAGCCCCGGCACCAACUACUCCGUCUGCAUGACCUACGAAGGCGAGGACUGUCAGGUGCAGGUGGUCUUCACCACCAAGGCGGAGGUGCCCUCCCUCCUCAUCAUCGUGGUGGUCAGCACCUUCCUGCUGGGACUAGCCACCGUCCCGCUGGUGGGGGCCACCUGUUGCCACCUCCUCUCCAAGUACCAGGGCAAGACCUACAAGCUCAUCAUGCGCGCCCAGAACCCCGACCAGAUGGAAAAGCACAUGGCCGCCGAUUUCGACCCCAGGACUUCCUACCUGGAGUCUGAGAGGAACUACGACCCCAGCGAGGUGGGAGGAGGAGGAGGAGAAGGGGAGGGGGAGGAGGAAGGAGGAGGGGAGGGGGAGGGGGGAGGGGCGGCGGGGGGAGGGCGGCCGGAGGGGGAGGGGGGGAGCUUGGGGGGCGCCUCCCUGCCGGAGUCCACCUCCAAAACCAACCCGGAGGAGUUCGAGGUGCGCUCCGAAUACAGCGACCGCCUGCCGCUGGGGGCCGAGGCGGUGACCAUCUCCCAGGAGAUCAACGGGAACUACAGGCAGCCCGCCCGCUGAGGCUUC